AGUCUCGCGAGGGGUGGGUUUCGGCGGAAAAUGGCGGCGGCGGCGGGGGAAGCUGUGGCUCCGGCCACUGAAGAGGCUGGAGAAGGAGAACCGGCUCCUCCGCCGGCUGCGGAAUCGAUGGCCGGGGAAACCUCGGGGCCAACCGAGCAGGGAGCCGGAGACUCCGAGACCGGGGGUGAUGCAUCCUUGGCCGAUACCACUGCUGCCAUGGAGACCGAAUCAUCCAGUGGAAAGGAUGCCAUGGAGGGUGUUGGAGACAAUUCGGAAGUUAUGGAUAAUCAGACUGGCUCAGUAGAUGAAGACAACGGACGACAAUUGGGAGAGAUUGAGCUUCAGUGUGGGAUUUGUACCAAAUGGUUCACUGCAGAAACUUUUGGCAUUGAUACCACGUCGUGUCUGCCUUUUAUGACCAACUACAGUUUCCAUUGCAACAUAUGUCAUCACAGUGGGAAUACAUACUUCUUAAGGAAACAAGCAAACCUGAAGGAAAUGUGUCUCAGUGCUUUGGCAAACCUAACUUGGCAAUCGAGAUCUCAAGAUGAACACCCCAAAACUAUGUUCUCAAAAGACAAGGAUAUUAUACCCUUUAUCGAUAAGUACUGGGAGUAUAUGACAACAAGGCAAAGACCAGGAAAAAUGACUUGGCCGAAUAAUAUUGUGAAAACAAUGUGUAAGGAAAGAGACGUGUUCUUGGUGAAAGAGCAUCCGGACCCAGGAAGCAAAGAUCCAGAGGAGGAUUACCCUAAAUUUGGACUCUUAGACCAGGACCUAGGCAAUAUUGGCCCUGCUUAUGACAACCAGAAGCAGAGCAGCACAGUGUCUACUAGCGGAAGUCUCAAUGGUGGAGCCUCUUUGGGAGGAGGUAUCGUCGCAGGAAGCAGCGGGAAAGGAAGAGGAGCAAAACGCAAGCAACAGGAAGGAGGGUCUACAGGAACAGCCAAGAAAACCAGAAGUGAUCCUUUGUUCUCUGCUCAACGCCUUCCACCACACGGUUACCCUUUGGAACACCCUUUUAACAAAGAUGGCUACCGCUACAUUUUGGCAGAGCCGGACCCCCACGCACCUGAUCCAGAGAAAUUGGAGCUCGACUGUUGGGCAGGAAAACCCAUCCCUGGAGAUCUGUACCGAGCCUGCCUCUACGAACGGGUCCUCCUGGCUCUUCAUGACCGAGCACCUCAGUUGAAGAUCUCUGAUGACAGGCUCACCGUCAUAGGAGAAAAGGGCUAUUCCAUGGUACGGGCCUCCCAUGGAGUACGAAAGGGAGCCUGGUACUUUGAGAUUUCUGUGGAUGAGAUGCCUCCUGAAACAGCUGCCAGACUUGGUUGGUCACAGCCACUGGGGAAUCUACAGGCUCCUUUGGGCUAUGACAAAUUCAGCUACUCCUGGCGUAGCAAGAAAGGCACCAAGUUCCAUCAGUCCAUCGGUAAACAUUAUUCCUCAGGCUACGGCCAAGGGGAUGUGCUUGGUUUUUACAUCAACCUGCCUGAAGACACAGAAACUGCCAAAUCGCUCCCAGAUACUUAUAAAGAUAAGGCUUUGAUCAAGUUCAAAAGCUACCUAUACUUUGAAGAGAAGGACUUUGUGGAUAAAGCAGAGAAGAGUUUAAAACAAGCUUCUGGAAGCCAAAUCAUCUUCUACAAAAAUGGUGCCAGUCAAGGAGCUGCAUACAAAGAUAUUUUUGAAGGCGUCUAUUUCCCUGCUGUCUCGCUGUAUAAAGGCUGCACGGUCUCUAUAAACUUCGGCCCUUACUUCAAAUACCCUCCAAGAGAUAUCAGUUACCGCCCGAUCAGCGACAUGGGCUGGGUCGCUGUGGUAGAGCAUACUCUGGCCGACGUCCUGUAUCACGUCGAAACAGAAGUCGACGGGCGACGGAGCCCACCUUGGGAACCUUGAGAGACGUCAGGAGUAUUUUUAUUUUUAUUUUUUACAAAACCAAAACAGUGUCACUGGAUGUAAAGUGGGAAUAGAAUAAAUCUGUUUUUUUUAUA